AUGUCUCAAGAAGGCAAAAGCCAACCUCGAUGGAUCCUUCGCCGAAGUCGACAGGCGGCUUCUCAAUUAAGCGCAGGAGAUGACGACUACGGUGGUAACAUCAACGUUUACGAUACUUCUAAAAUAUUCUUUCGGCCUAUCAUUGCCUACCACUUCUACCAGCGAAGCACAUUUGAAAAGGUCCCGGAUAGAGUUCUUGUAAAGCGUGUUCAGAUCUUUUUGGCGUCGCUGGGCAUUCCGAUGCCGUAUACUGAUGUCGCACAAAUGCUGCAGUACGCCGCUGACGAAUCUAAACUAAUAUUCUUAUUGGUGCCUCUCAAUAAGGCGGUCGAGACAUAUCUUCGUGACUAUGUGCAGAAGAUCAGGCAAAGUGAAGCUGUUGCCAAGGAUUAUGGUGACGGCUUGAGUACCGACACUUGUAUUCUUUUUAACAAUCUACAAAAGAACAAAGUCAACGGUGGUCCCGUAGACCGUUCAAAGCUGGAGGAGAUAUUCAAGGAGGUAUUCAAGGAGAUCAACAAGGAACGUGAGACAGCAGGAUCCAACCCUUGGGAGAAGUCUAGACUAGAGACUAUGGAGAGUGUUUUCAACAAUGACGAAAACAUGGAGCUGUUCAUGAAAAGAUGCUCAGAGCCAUUGGUUAGGAACUCGACGCGUGACAAUUACGUAGCGACAGCGCUGGAAUUGCUCAUCGACAACUAA